GAGAGAGAGAGAGAGAGAGAAAGAAAGAGAGAGAAAGAGACCCUCCCUCCCCUCCCGAUUGAUAGAGAACGAGAGGGACGGAGAGGUGCGAGAGGGAAGGAAAUUUGUCCGCGUCUAUCAUAUAUACUCGACGAGAGAUGCGGUGAACGGCGCGUGCUGCUCGGCGGAGUCACGAAAUUUCACGAGCGCGUGUCGCCGCUUCGACCAGGCCUUCGCCUCUCCGUGUGAGUGCGAGAAGAAGAAACGGCUGAGCGAGGGAGAGAGAGAGACAGCCGACGUAUUAGGAAGUGCGCUGCCUUGUCGCGCGUGAGAGAAAGAGAGAGAGAGACGCACCGCGUGCGGGGGAAGAAAACGGAAGCAGCGGUGCUGAGUGAAAAGAACACGGAGAGGCCUGACCCCCUAUCGCCGCGCGUUUACUUCGUAAUCGCGUCGUUUUCGCGAGAACGCGACAGACCGGCAGCCGGAACGAAGGAAGGACGAAGAACAGGAGGAACAGGAGGACGUAAAAGGAGUCGAAGAAAAAAAAAAGAAAGAAACAAAAGGGAAAUUCUCGAGUAUCGUCAGCGGAAGUGGCCCACCGGGUGGCCGGGUGCUAAUCGGGAGUACGCGAAAACCUUACGGAUGGUCUUCGCGGUGCGGCCCACCCGGUACAUCGGCGAUCGAGAGAGAGUGUAGUGUGAGAUCAAUAAUGAGACAGGUGCUCUCAUUGGUGUAAAGCGAUGCGGCGGAGCUGAGAGUUUUGUUUCGGGCGGCACUAGGGCUCAUGAAAAGUGUAUCCGGCGCGCGUAACGACGCCGUCGCCGUCAAAGACCAACGUGCCGCGAGACAUUCGAGCGAGUUGGAUCAGUGUGAUUAUAAUGUAGUGCCAACUCUGCAGAUGGAUAAACAGGGAUGACUGAUAAUUGCUGGAACUCUGGUGGUGGCGCUGGCGUCAAGAUGGAGCACUUUCAGGCCACCCUGGACCCAAGGAAGCAGGAGUUGUUGGAGGCCCGCUUUCUCGGAGCGAGGAUGUCUGCUGGGUCACAAAUUCAGAUGGCACCCCAAACAACCGUAAACUCUGGUCAGACAGUUCAUAGUCAAGACUCGAACAUGAGCACUGGCUCAUCGCAUAGUGAUAAGGAGGUGGAUGCAAACACUCCGGAAAAAGUACCACGGACUACUUCUGAGAGGAAAAGAAAGCGUAAAGCCGAUGAUGGAGGUGGAGGUGUCGCAGGUGGCUCUGUAGCUAGUAAGGGCGCUAGAUCAGUUGCUGCUCUUGAUAAUAAGAAGAUCAAUGAGUAUUUUCCAAAGCAUCAUCUGGGCAGUAGCCCUAUUCGGCAUGGUGGAGCCAAGAGUCCCUCCCCUCAACAGGGUUAUCCUAUGUAUCCGCCAUCACCACAACAGUUACUUUCGCCACAAGUAACGACACCUAAUUCUUCGGUGGCAGAAUUCUCUUCGUUGAUGCAGCCACCGAGACCUCAUCCUCAACCUCCACCACCUCCUCCACCAGCUUCGUCACAACCUGCGGGCUCGAUGGUCAGCAAGCAGGUGCAGGUAAGGCCUACCAACCUCAAUAGGACAAGCCAGGUCAGGCAAGCGAAGACUAACACCCCAAAUACAGAACUUACUUGCCAGAGGAUACAGGAAUUUGAAACUCAAGCCUCUUCAGACUUAGAACUACGUAACAAUAAAAUUGACGAGUUAAAUAGGACAACGGACGAACUUAGGCAUCAAAUCGCUAAUCAACAGAAAGUGCUUGAGCAGCACAAAUCACAUAUAAAUAAGUGUAUAGACGUUGUAAAGAAGUUAUUAAAAGAAAAAUCAAACAUAGAAAAAAAGGAGGCUAGGCAGAAGUGUAUGCAAAAUAGACUGAGGUUGGGCCAGUUUGUGACGCAAAGGGUAGGUGCGACGUUUCAAGAAAACUGGACCGACGGUUAUGCAUUUCACGAGCUUGCACGACGGCAAGAGGAGAUAGCAACGGAACGAGAGGAAAUUGACAAACAGAAGAAGCUGCUACUCAAGAAGAGGCCAUCGAAUAGCGAGACAGGCAGGAAACGUAGUCAACCACAACCCUCCUUGCAUAACGGUACUGAGGCGACGUUUUUGAAGCCAGAUGCAGUACCUGGAUCGUAUACGUGGCAGGAGUAUUAUGAAGCUGACGAAAUACUCAAGUUGAGGCAAAGCGCAUUGAAAAAGGAAGAUGCAGACUUGCAACUAGAAAUGGAAAAGCUUGAAAGGGAGCGAAAUUUACACAUUAGAGAGUUAAAGCGUAUUCACAACGAGGACCAAUCGAGAUUUAACUCUCAUCCUGUUUUGAAUGAGCGUUACCUCUUAUUAAUGUUGUUAGGAAAAGGUGGUUUCAGUGAAGUGCAUAAGGCAUUUGACUUAAAAGAGCAGCGAUAUGUGGCUUGUAAAGUGCAUCAAUUAAAUAAAGACUGGAAAGAAGAUAAGAAGGCUAAUUAUAUAAAACAUGCAUUACGGGAAUAUAAUAUACACAAAGCACUUGAUCAUCCUCGAGUCGUAAAAUUGUACGAUGUAUUUGAAAUUGAUGCCAAUUCCUUUUGUACUGUUCUGGAAUAUUGUGAUGGCCAUGAUUUAGAUUUUUACCUCAAACAGCAUAAGACUAUACCCGAAAGAGAAGCGAGAUCUAUUGUUAUGCAAGUCGUAUCGGCAUUAAAAUACCUCAAUGAAAUAAAACCCCCAGUCAUACAUUACGAUCUGAAACCAGGUAACAUUCUGUUAACCGAAGGCAAUGUGUGCGGCGAAAUAAAAAUCACGGAUUUUGGUUUAAGUAAAGUAAUGGAUGAGGAAAAUUAUAAUCCGGAUCAUGGAAUGGAUCUAACGUCUCAAGGAGCGGGUACUUAUUGGUAUCUACCUCCUGAAUGUUUUGUCAUUGGCAAAAAUCCUCCCAAAAUAUCAUCUAAAGUUGACGUAUGGAGUGUAGGAGUUAUAUUUUAUCAAUGUCUAUACGGUAAAAAGCCUUUUGGUCACAAUCAAUCGCAAGCCACCAUUUUAGAGGAGAAUACGAUACUAAAAGCCACCGAAGUUCAAUUCGCGAAUAAACCAACUGUCAGCAACGAAGCAAAGAGUUUCAUAAGAAGUUGCCUAGCGUAUAGGAAGGAGGAACGUAUAGACGUACUGACACUAGCUAGACACGAAUACCUGCAACCCCCAGUGCCAAAACAUGGCCGCCAAGCGAACAGCCAGCAGCAGCAGCAGCAACAACAGAUCCAACAGCAGCAGCAGAGCUCGUUCAAUAUCGGCAUGUUUAGUGGUAUGAACGCGUCGAGCAGUUCGUAGUGGAGAGGAAGGACUAAGGACAAAAUCCUCGAUAUAUACCAAUACAUGCCAAAUCUUGAGCGCUCGGACUGUAUACACCAUCUCAUCUUAGGAAAAUAACGAUUGCUAUAACCAAUUGUAAAUACUAAAACCGGAUACUAUCAUCGUCACCAACCACCAUCACCACUACCACCACCCAUCACCACCACCACCACCACCACCACCACCACCACAAUUAUUAUCACAUCUACCACCGCCAUCACCACACCAUCACAACUAUACUUACAGGAUCGACUACAUAGGACAUUGCAAGAGAGAUGCGAGACUGGUCACCCGCAAGUCCAGAAGCUUGCGUCUUUCUACAAGCCACGCCACAUUAUUCAGCAUGACAAGAAACAAUGUUGUGUUCGUAAAUAUUCAAUUGUAUUAUCGUUCCUUGUAUCAAACAGUGCGAUGACUUGAUAAUAGUGUUUAAAAGAAACAAGAGAGCGAGAGAGAACGAACGAGCGUGCGAACGAGAAAAUAACAUGUGAUAAGUCAUUACGAGAUAAAAGUGACGUCUAGAAUAAGAGGGGAGGGGGGGAAAUAGAGCAUGUAUGAAAGAGAGAAAGAGAAAGCGCAAAAGCGUCAAGUAAAACGAAAAUAAAGCAAAAAUGAAUUUUUUUUUUUCGAUGGAAGUAAAAUAAAGUUGAUGAGGUAAAGGAAGCAACGAAGAAUAGGAGAAAAAAGUAGGAAGAAGUUGAGAAAAGAGCAAUCGGAGCAAUCGCUUUUACGGAGAUAACGUUUCUCUCUCCCGGCGUUUUAGUGUGCGUGAGCGAACGAUAGAGGAUUGUUAAAAUUAGUGUGAGUGUAUAUAUUUAUACUAUAUAUAUAAAUAUAUAUAUAUAUAUAAACUAAUAAAUUCGACAUAAUAUAUAUAUAUAUGGUGUAAAAAGAACGACGACAAGCAUUGACAGUGGGAAGACAACUGUGGUGGCUCUAUCCUCGCAUGACCUCCGGCGCCGGUACCGGCAUUCCAUGAAUGCUCGGCCUGUGCAUCAUGUUACUUUAUUCGAAUAUUAACAUUAUUACCUGUAUCAUGACUAAUAACGGUUAACAUACACGCGCAUCCACGCCACAUACGAAAACACAUACACAACACGAGUACACGAAGGAGAUUUGAUUGGUUGUUCCUAUUCUGAGGCGAGAGUGGGCUUUAUCUAUAUUGCCGGAACGAUAGUCCGAUAGAGAGCGAAGUGAGAAUCGCGUAGAGAAAACGAGAGUAUGUGUGAAAGAGAGAGAGAGAGAGAGAGAGUCGCGAUGUGCUCCCAAAGUGAAUAAAAAAAAAGCAUCGUAGUCCACCACUUAUCAUCAUAAUUUGUAAAACCCGUUCUCACGCGUGUAUAGUUUUGAAGUCCCGUGUCGAUUCGCUGUAACGAAGCCACGCAUUACGUUUUUCCUCCUUCACUCUUCCUCCUUUUUUCUUUUCUCCUCUCUUUUCUCUCCUUUUUUCUCUAAAAUCAAAAAGGUAGAGAAAAAGAGAGCGACAGAAAGAGAGAGAAAGCGCGGAUCCAAAUGUGUGUAUAGAGCAAGUUGAAAGAAAUGGUUAAAUGAUUUAAUUAAUUAAUCGAACGAGAAGUACGGGAAAAUGUGAAAAUGAUGAGAAUACGGAAGAACGAGCAAAUCUUUAGAUAAGAAAGUUUGUGGAAUGCUAUACCGACCCAAUCAUUAUUUCUUUACUCGUAAUUUGUUUUAUAUAUGUACGUUAUAUAUAGAUAAUUAUGAAAUAGAAAACUAAGUUAUUUUAUCAAGUGCCCUUGCUUUGUAUUAUAGUCGCGUCUGUCUGCGAGCCGUAGCUUCUGGGAAAGAGAGAGAGAGAAAGAGAGAAUGAAGAGAGAAUGCGUUGAGAGCGAACGUGAGAUUAAAACAAGCGAGUGCGUGUGUUGUUAAAAUAUUGCGUCAGUUAUUGGUACAAUGUGGGCACCGGGGUAUUGAUGACAAUUCAAUACCAUCAAUGUGAUUGGCAGAAGUGUGGUGAGAGAGGAGAAUACAUUACAAGUCUGAACAGAGUCUACUACUUA